GCAGCUCUCAGUCAGACUGUGUCAGUGUCGAGUGAACAGAGGAACAUGGCUUCAACUUUCCUCAGCAUCAUCCUCCUCUUCAUCGCUGCUCACACAGCAGAUGGAUUCAGAGAAUAUGCAACGGAUGUCUGCAUAUUUAACUCCACUAAACUGGACGACAUCCAGUACAUCUACUCUCACUAUUACAAAAGACGGGAGUACAUCAGGUUUGACAGCAAUGUGGGAGAAUAUGUGGGAUACACUGAGUUUGGAGUGAAGAACGCAAAGAGGUGGAACAGCGGUCCAGAGGUGGUCCAGAGGAGAACUGCGAGGGAGAGAUACUGUCUUAACAAUGUGGGAAAUGACUAUCGAAAUGCUGUGACUAAAUCAGCCAAACCCUACGUCAGACUUCGCUCUGAGGAGCCCCCUGCUGGUAAACAUCCUACCAUGUUGGUCUGCAGCGUCUUCGACUUCUACCCCAAACACAUCAAAGUGACCUGGCACAGAGACGGGAAGGAAGUCACCUCUGAUGUCACUUCCACUGACGAGCUGGAGGACAGUGAUUGGUACUACCAGGUUCACUCUCACCUGGAGUACACGCCCAGGUCUGGAGAGAAGAUCUCGUGUGUGGUGGAACAUGCCAGCCUGAGUCAACCUCUGAUCACUAACUGGGAGCCAUCCAUGCCCGAGUCUGAGAGAAACAAGAUCGCCAUCGGUGCCUCUGGACUGAUUCUGGGUCUGACCUUGUCUCUGGCUGGAUUCAUCUACUACCGGAAGAAGUCUCGAGGACUCAUUCUGGUUCCCACUCAUUGAGCCUGGUCCUGAAUCCUGCACCUGAAUCUAAUCAUGGUCCUGGUUCUGAACCAGAUAUUGCUUCAAUCUCUUUCUUUUUGUCACUUUAUAAUGUCAAUGCUGUCACCUGCUGGUCUGGUUGAUCACCGGAUUUUCUGAUACCCUGAUCCAGGUCUACCACAGUCCUGUGCACAAAAUCUUUCGGGGAAUCCCGGACCAGGUUUAAUCUGGACUCUGGUGUAUCAGCUUCUACUUAUAUAACCAGAUAUUUUGCUGCUUCUGUGUGUGAAAUAUGAAUUUCUUUGCCGCAAAGUGACUCAGUAACAGCUUUGAAAUCCUGAACAAUCCGGUUUGGUGACUGGUUUUGGGCUCUUAGGUCGUGUGAUUGUUGGACUGAUAUAUUUUUACUGGAGUGGGACAUUUUUAUAAUCACAAUAAAAGUGUGGGGAAAACCCCCCAGAGACACUG